GCUGAUCGAGCUUCAUACGUUUUGGUAACUAAUUUAGUUUUGAUGUACUGCCACAAUGUUAUUGCCACCAGAUCGCGUGGAGCACUAUAAAACCACUUUGGAGCCAGAAUUAAAGCGCUUAGCCACCAGCAUCAGGAAUUAUCUAGCGCUGAGAGCGGCAAAGACACCUGAAUUGUCAAAUCAAGCGAACCGCUUGUGGGAAUUAUGUCAACGAUACCGAUUGGUGAAAGGAAGUAACAACCAAGCAGCCACUUUUGCCCUGCUCUCUGUGUGCCAUGAUGUUUACCAAACCCUUCGGGACAGCAUUUCGAAACUAGUUGAUGAGCUAGUGCAAAUAUCCACACAAGUAAAUGAUUUUGAGAUGGAGUGCCUCCACUUAAAUCAAGAACUCAACGAAAAUAAAAUCCCAGAUAGUUUAACACAGUCUCGGAAUUUCAUAGAGGAGUCCCUUAAACUGCUUCAAAAUCAGGUCAAACAUCUGGAGCUCCAUCUUCGCCAGCUACAACCCAAGUUUACGCCACCAGAAUCCUCUCUGGAUGCCUUUAAAUCCGAUCUCCAACUGCCGGAACACGCAGAAGCGCGAAUUUACCUGGGACUGGCCAAAGUCGAAAGAUUGACCAGUUUUCCACUGAGUUUUAAAUGAUAAAUGGAAAAAUAUACCUUGUUUAUUAAUCACAUGAUACAGGAAUUUAAAAUUUCCGUGUAUUUGGACCAUAAUUAAUAGAAAUUUAAGACGAGAUAUACCCAUCAAUUAAAAUUAUAUUAUUCUUAUUAUACCCUUUUCGUAUGGAGUAAAAAACUUUGUAAAGUCAUAAAAACUACCGAAUGUAUGCCAAUUUAUUACUCUGAUUUUGGCAGAUUCGUAUAUAACAGUGUGAAAGUGAAAUUAUAUUGAAAUUGUAAAAAAUGUAUCUGAAAAAAGGAUAAGACAACUAAGUUUUAUUAGUUUUUUAUCUUUUCCAUGUAUAAUUUUGUAUGGUGUAUUUGUCUGUUUCUACUUAUUUACUACCUAUAAACAGAUAUAAGAUUAUAUCUUUAAAACUGGAAUACCAUUUUAUAUGUGCAGAGCUGGCUAAGACUAUGCUGAUUAAGAAUAUAUAUACUUAAUGUAGUUAUAAGUCUGUAUUGUAAACUUGUGCCUAACAUUAUAUACUCAGCUCAGGUUUGAUUGAUAUCAUAUGCGCAAGUUAGCUUUGAAUGAAUAAAUAUUAUAUUAUCUAGUGUAGAAAGUAUGUGGUUUUAAGGCAAACAUGCCUUCGAUAUAAAAUAAUUUAAGAGGAGAUUAAGAUACCAUUCGUGAAAUUUAAAGCCAUGAGUAUCAACUUGUUCUAACUUGUAAGUAAUUUGUGCAAACGUUUUCUAAACGUAAGUUAAUACAAAUAAACUUAUUAAUGCCCUCACAAAA